GGAACACGAAAGUUCAGUGAAUGAGUUCAGCUGUGUGUCAGGACGGGGAGAGUUCAACCAGGCACAUUUUAUUCAGACUUUCCACCCCGUAUGGCAGCUUUUGGUGGAGCCACACCGCACAGCUGAAGGACCAAUCCAGCGGUUCCCUCAGUGAAUUUCAACCCCCGAGGUGCCAUCUGACUCAGGGAUACCAUGGGACUCCUUUCCGUUCAAAGCAGCCCUCUCUUCUUCUUGUUCCUCCUCCUUCUGUGCCACCCCUGCAUUUCCAUCAGGCCUCAGGUCCUGGAACGAGCAUCUGCCCUUGAACAACCUCAAUCCUCUGCUAACACUACGGGUUCUGGAAAGAGGACAUGUACAGGUGUUGUGGUGUGUAAACCUGGCGUUCUACUGCCAGUGUGGCUGCCUCUUAACCCUCCAGUCGAAGAACAGACAGGGAGGGCGAUUAUCUACUUCCUCUCUCUCAUGUACAUAUUCCUUGGAGUGUCCAUCAUUGCAGACCGUUUCAUGGCAUCCAUAGAAGUCAUUACAUCUCAGGAGAAGGAGGUGACCAUUACCAAACCUAAUGGAGAAACUACAGUGAAAACCGUACGGAUCUGGAAUGAGACUGUGUCGAAUCUGACACUUAUGGCCCUGGGCUCCUCCGCACCAGAGAUCCUGCUCUCAGUUAUCGAGGUGUGUGGACACAACUUCAAUGCUGGGGAGCUCGGCCCAGGCACUAUUGUGGGGAGUGCAGCCUUUAAUAUGCUUGUGAUAAUUGGUCUGUGUGUGUCAGUAAUUCCUGACGGAAAGUCUCGAAAGAUCAAACACCUGCGAGUGUUUUUCAUUACAGCUUUCUGGAGUAUCUUUGCCUACAUUUGGCUCUACCUCAUAUUGGCUGUCAUCUCCCCUGGGAUUGUAGAGGUUUGGGAAGCUGUGGUAACACUCCUGUAUUUUCCGGUCUGUGUGCUCUUGGCUUGGAUCGCUGACCGUCGCCUGCUCUUUUACAAAUACAUGCAUAAGAGAUACCGUGCCGACAAGAGGCAUGGAAUUGUAGUGGAAAUGGAAGGGGACCUUUCCCCCAAAGCCAUUGAUGUUAUCAUGGAUGGAAAGUUGUCAGAUGGCAGUUCAGGGCCCGGAAACUCCUCCAGUGUGACGGUGUCCGUACAGACAGGCAGUGAGUUGGACCACAACAAAGAUGAGGUGGUCCGUAUUUUGAAAGAUCUGAAGGAGAAGCAUCCCGAUAAAGACCUGGACCAGUUGAUCGAGAUGGCCAACUACUCUUCCCUGGUUCACCAGAAGAAGAGCCGUGCCUUUUAUCGUGUCCAAGCAACACGGAUGAUGAUUGGUGCUGGAAAUAUAUUAAAGAGGCAUGCUGCAGAUCGCAAACGGCGCUCACAAGGACAGGAUGCCGACAAAGCAACAUGCUCACAUAUCUGUUUUGAAAGUGUCCAAUACCAAUGUCUAGAGAACUGUGGCUCUGUGACCCUUUGGGUGAUCCUUGAUGGAGGCACAGGCCAGAACACAUUCUAUGUGGACUACUGUACAGAAAAUGGGUCUGCUAAUGCUGGAUCAGACUAUGAAUUUAACAAGGGAACUCUAGUAUUUCAACCAGGGGAAACCCGAAAAGAGAUCAAGGUGGGAAUUUUGGAUGAUGACAUCUUUGAAGAGGACGAGCAUUUCUUUGUGCGUCUUCAGAAUCUGAGGCUAGAGGAGGGAGGAGCUGAAGGGACAGGGACUCCUCCCAAGGCUAGACUAGUGGAACCUCUGCUGGCAACAGUCACUAUAUUGGACGAUGAUCAUGCUGGAAUCUUUACCUUUGAGCAGCAGCUACUGCGAGUGAGUGAGAACACUGGCAUGCUGACGGUGACUGUGUUGAGGAACUCAGGCUCCAGGGGCACAGUAGCUGUGCCAUACCAUACUGAAGAUGGGAGUGCCAAGGCUGGGGUGGACUAUGAGGAGGCCAGAGGGGAGGUAGAAUUCACCAAUGAACAGACCAGUCAGACAUUACAGAUCCGCAUUAUAAAUAUGGAGGAGUACGAAAAGCAGGAAAACUUCUUCAUCGUGCUCGAGAACCCCAAGUGGCUGAAGAGAGGAAUUUCUGCUCUUCUACUGAACCAGGGCAAUCCGACUCCUGAGGAGGAAGAGGCUAGGAGAAUUUCUGAGAUGGGUAAACCUAUUCUAGGAGAGCACAGCAGAUUACAAGUCAUCAUUAAAGAGGCCUGUGAUUUUAAGAACACUGUGGACCAACUCCUUAAAGACACAAAUCUAGCGGGAGUGAUCGGCACUCGCUCAUGGAAGGAGCAGUUCAUCGAAGCAGUCACAGUCAGUGCAGGUAAUGAUGAUGAGGAGGGACAGGAGCGAAGGAGGCCCAGCUGCUUCGACUAUUUUAUGCACAUUCUUUGCAUUUUCUGGAAACUUUUAUUUGCUUUUGUCCCACCCACCAAGUGCUGGAAUGGUUGGGCGUGCUUCAUUGUGUCCAUCUCUGUCAUCGGUGCCUUAACUGCUCUCAUCGGAGACCUUGCUUCCCAUUUUGGCUGCACUGUUGGCCUCAGAGAUACUGUCACUGCGGUGGUCUUUGUGGCGCUAGGAACUUCACUUCCUGACACGUUUGCCAGUAAAGUGGCUGCCACUCAGGACCAGUAUGCAGAUGCAUCUGUGGGAAAUGUGACGGGAAGCAAUGCAGUGAAUGUGUUUUUGGGAAUUGGUUUGGCCUGGUCUGUGGCUGCAGUGUACUGGGAGGUGAAAGGCAAGGUCUUCCGUGUUGACCCUGGUUCCUUGGCCUUCUCGGUCACACUCUUCACUAUUUUUGCAUUCUUCAGUAUGGGAGUACUGAUGCUACGUAGAAGGCCAUCCAUAGGAGGUGAACUCGGGGGCCCACGGAUUCCCAAAAUUCUUACUUCACUGCUCUUCUUCGGACUCUGGUUUCUGUACAUCCUCUUCUCCAGCCUGGAGGCCUAUUGCCAUAUACAAGGAUUCUGAGAGUCAUUUGUGCACACUUACAGACACAGCACCUGGACAGUCACUUGGACAGUACUGUGAUAGUAACUACCGGUAGGAAGCCAUCACCCUCACCAUCUGACUCCUGCUGCCAUGGUUCAUAAAAAUGUAUAUACAAUGUGUAUAUGUCACAUCCACAUCUAUUGUACUCAGUAGGACUCUCUGUCACAAUACGAAUUCAUUUCUUUUAAAAUGAUUAAAUAAUAGUUAACUGAAUGAUUGAUAAAGGGCAACGAUGGACAUGUUUUUCAGAUAAAAAAAAAGGUUUGAGUUAAAAGGAUUGUGGCUGAUGGUUCAUAUCUGGGAUUUAAAGUUCUGGAUUUUCAGUUAGUAUUCUGUCUGUCCACAAUAAAUGAAAUUUCUGUAAAAAUGACUUUUUAUUUCUUUGUAAUUGAGCAAAUUUGUGAAAUCAUGAGUAGAUUAAAUAAUAAUACCCCUAGUGUACAAACUAUUUGACAUUUUAACAUGAAUUCUUCAAAUAAUUAAUUUCCCCUGAAGUCUUGUCUGUUUAUAAUUGUUGCAGUCAGUCAGUCAUUUUCUACCGUUUAUUCCAUAGUGGGUCA